AUGCCUCGCAAGAAGAAAGAACCAUGUGUGGAUUUAGUGCCAGCGGAGCUAUUGACACAGCUGAGCUCUGCGGGUUUACCGUUUCCCGCGCAACAUCGUAUCUUGGUAGUAUUGCAGCGACGCUUGGAGCGUUCUGUGUUCGAGUUCAUACGGACAUGGCACCCCCGGCUCAGCAAAUCGAAGCGGUGGGAUUGUGCAGAGAAAGUGGAAUUGCAUACCGCAUUCCGGGCUCUGGAACGCAAGCUCUGGGCCCUCCCCAACUCAGAGCAUCGAGAACGUCGCACGAAUAAUGGCUUCAGCCGCUUGCGUCCCGAUAUCAUGGGUAUUCGACACGCAGCAGUUCACCGGCAACCGCACGCUCACGGCCGCCUUCUACAACAGCUACGUUCGGCUCAUGAGUUUGCCACCGUAUGGUUGAACGAUCAGCAAUGUGGACGGGAAAUCCAGCAAUGCCAAGGGCGUGUAGGCCUUCUUUUUGAGGAAUGGAACGGACGUACUCGUCGUGUCACAGAGAACCUUAUCGCGCGUAUGGACUACCACAACGGCGCUCAUAAGGGACCUAUACGGAAUCGUUACCGAUAUCUUCUGUGUGAGGCGGCGCGGAGACUGUUGGACAAGAUUAAUCUUGACUGCAUCAAGCAGGUGGACGAUAUGUUACACGCGAGCUUUCCGCCCUUGGAUAAAUAG